UGCAAGCACGUAAAGUUCGCGCGAACGAUCGUCAACGAUAAAAUUACGAUAGAUAAGCGGUGACAUUUCGUUGUAAAAUCUCUUACGUGUUAUUCCGAACAUCCGUUUCGUAAAAAAUCAUGAAAAUCAUUUGAUGGCACUUGCGCAAUUGCGACAGCGGUGUGCGUGAUACGUCGGAUCAUUUUUGGAACAAAUAUUAAGUUUGGAGAAGAAUUUUAUCGUCGAGGGGGUGCCCGUAAUCAAACGACUCAAAAAAGUUUUUCAUCAUGAGUACUACGAGAGAAGAAGCAGGGCCUUCGAAACCAUGGGACUCCACAACAGAAGACAAAGAAAAAGACAAUCGAAUGUUUGAGUGCAACAUUUGUCUUGAUACUGCAAAAGAUGCAGUUAUCAGCAUGUGUGGACAUUUGUUUUGUUGGCCUUGCUUACACCAAUGGUUUGAAACUCGCCCAGUAAGACAAAUGUGCCCUGUAUGUAAAGCUGCGAUCAGUAAAGAUAAAGUCAUUCCAUUGUAUGGACGUGGAGCUACAAGGCAUGAAGAUCCAAGAAAUAAUGUUCCACCACGUCCUGCGGGGCAGAGGACAGAACCUGAAAAUAAUAUUGGAUUUUCGAGUUUUGGAUUUGGAGAUGGUUCUUACAUGUCUUUUGGUAUUGGAACAUUUCCAUUUGCAUUUUUCACAUCAACUUUUAACUUUGGAGAAACACGACCUGCUGCAGCUGCUAGGGGAACACCUCAAUACGAGGAUGAGCAAUUUCUUUCGAAGGUGUUUCUGUGGGUGGCAUUGGUAUUCAUCUGUUGGCUUCUGAUGGCAUAACAUUUUUGUUCAACCAUACUUCUUGCUCCAUAUUUUGUAAUUCUAUCCACUUGUUGGAUUGAUUCAUUACUGUUUUAUUAAUACAUCAAUCUUUCCCCGUUUGUGUAAUCGUUGUUACUCGCUGUAGUAACUAUACCUGCUUGAAUAAACAAACGGGAUUUAAUUGUUAUAGCUAUAAUAACAUUUGUACAUGUACAUACACUUUAUUUUUAAUCUUUUGUGAUUUUAAGAAAAAAAUAAAUUUUGUAUCUAAAUACAACACUGUUCAUGUCCUUACUGACGAUACAAAACAGUUAUAGGUUAUGUAUUUGUAUUUAUACUUUCACUAAACAUACGUAUUCAAGCAGGUUGUUUUUAUGACUUCUGAAAGUCUGAAACUUACUCUUCUGAUAUUUAUGUAUAUACAUAUAUGUAUAAAUAUACCAUAUUUAGAUAUGUAAGAUAUUACCUAUGCUAUAAAACACAUACAUAACUGGUUUUCUGCAGAAACCAAACGAACAUAGUUUUAUUACAUUAAUAUGGACCUAUGCAGGUUUAAUAAAUUGCUAACAUAAAAAAUGUAUAUAAUCUAGAUAUAAGUCAAAUUGAUGCUAGAUGCAAUUGAAAUAAGAUUAAGCGUAUAAACCUAGAAUUUACUCUUUUUUUGGUUUUUAUGUAUAUUGUGGUUCUGGAAAUAGAAGAAAAGGUAAUUAACAAAACAACAUUAUGUUAUAUGUUUGAAAAAAGUAAAAUAAUAGUUUACAUUUUAAUUCAAUAUUCAAUCAGUCAUCAAACUGAAGGAAAAUUGACAUUCCACGUAUAGUUCUGAGUACAUGAAAGUUAUUAAACCUUGUGAAUGAAAUAUUUGUCACUGAACGUAUUUUGUAUUAAAAAUAUAUUACUAACGUUAUUUAUUAAACACAAUUUGUAAAUCCUUUGAAAGUCAGAUAUUGUAAAUUACCUUACGAGUUUAUUUAAUAUAUAAUUGCUAGAAUAAACUUCAAAUAAAAAGUAUAAAUCCUGUU